GUUUUUUAUUCAUUCGAAGAAUAUCUGUCAAAAUUCUCCGUUGUGUUGUGAUUUCAUUGUUUACAAACAUUCGUGCGUACGGUGAUUAACAAUUAAUUAAUUCGUUAAUUGUUAUUAAUGAUCCAUGAAGAGAUUAACUGUUGACGCGUAAUUCAUAUCCGAUUAAAAUGUCGAUCGUUAACACUAACAUAACCAAGCAACCUUUGAAAGUGAUUGAAGUGCCUUUGAGUAAAUUUAGCGAAGAAGUGAUUCCUCACCAUCAGAAUGUCUACGAGCAGCAUAGGACCCUUAUUUUAAAGUUGAUAUCUCAAAACAACACCACCCUUCUGCGCCAAGAAAUCAAAAACAAAAAACGCAUGCCCAAGCAACUCAAGGACCUCAUGUACGAACUGGACACCCUCAGAGCACAAGUCGAAGACGCCGACUUGGAUAAAUUCGACACAAAAACUUUAUCAUUUAGAAAAACCAUAAUUAACUUAAUUUCGGGUUACACAGACUUGGAAAAGCGCAGUGCAGCCUUAGACGCCGCCCGAAACGAAGACGAAGAGCGCCUCCUCCAGAAAACCCACCCCUUUGAAGGCGCCUCCCAGAUCCAAAUCCACGACGACUUGGACGAAAUCAAGCUAAAACAACGACAAGAACUCCUAGAGGACGUCGAAAACGUCCAACGAGACGCCCAAGAUCUGAACGAAAUUUUCACCCAGUUGAACCAGAUGGUGGAGAGUCAGCGGGAAAACGUCGAUAAAGUGGAGGAGAGUGUUGAGAGCACGCAGGAAAAUGUGCAGUCGGGGCUGAGACAACUGGUGAAAGCGCACAAGUUGAAAACGGCCGCCUAUCCGGUGACGGGGGCCUUCAUAGGGACGAUGAUCGGGGGGCCCGUGGGCUUAGUAGCGGGGUUGAAAAUCGGGGGGUUGACGGCGUUGGGGUGCGCACUCGCCGGAUACACCGGGGGGAGGUUUUUUAAGAAGAAUUAUGAAGUGGAGGCGGAAGUGAUUGAAGAAAGUAAGGAGAAUGCGGAGCCCGUGGUUGACGACAAUGAGGAGAAAAAGGACAUUUGACAGUGCGUUUUCUGUUAAUUUAUUUUAUUUGGAUGAGAUGUACAUAUUUAAUUGGUUUAGUUAAAAUGGUAACUAAUGAUGUGUGUUCCUAUGGAUUGUUAGGUUAGGAUGCUUGCUUAUCAAGUUCUAAAUUAUUGAAAGACUGUUAAUUAUGGGAUUUUUAUGUUUUUCUUUUUGUUGUGAAAUUUUGAAUUAGAUUUUUUUUUAUUGUGAUUUUACAACAAAUAAUGUAGUUUUACGUUUUAGGCACGUUUUAGGGUCACUAGGUGUAGGUGCUACACAAACUUUGGAUUCUUCAGCCUGUGAUUUUUAAUAUAUUAGUACGGUUUUUGUCGCUACCGAACUUAUACUUUCACAAACUCUGCUUUCACUUUGUUUCGCCAAAAAAUAUAAAUGAAGUUUUAUCAAUAAAA